AUGGCAUCAAACGCGUCAAGCGCGAGCCCGAUGCCGACCAUGCCCAGCAUGGAGGGUAUGGACAUGAGCUGCCGAAUCUCGAUGCUCUGGAACUGGUACACUAUUGAUGCCUGCUUCCUGUCCAGCACCUGGCAUAUCCGUUCUCGUGGCAUGUUCGCAGGCUCCUGCAUCGGCACCAUCCUUCUCGUUCUUUGCUUGGAGUUCCUCCGUCGCAUGGGCCGUGAGUAUGAUGCGUUUAUCCUGCGCCGAGCUCGCCUGCAACAGAAGUACUCCAUGACCCUGGCCAAGCAAGCACAGAAAAAAGGAACGGCUUCCAACGACAACAACCGAGAUUGCCCUUGCAAUUGUCCACAAAAUGACGACCCGAUCACUACUGGGCCUGGUAUGGAGUCCUCGAAUGCAAAGUUCGUCGGUUCAAACGAUGUUACGUCUGUGGCUCCGGAAGGUGUGAACUCGGUUGAUGGCGAUGUGGCCGGUCACAAGAACUAUGAUACUCUUCCACCAUAUCGUCCUUCUCCAUUUGAGCAAGUGAUUCGCGCGCUAUUCCACAUGGUUCAGUUUGCCGUGGCGUACUUCAUCAUGCUCUUGGCGAUGUAUUACAAUGGCUACAUCAUCAUCUGCAUCUUCAUCGGAGCGUUCCUGGGUGCUCUCAUCUUCUCGUGGGAGCCUCUGUCUCUGUCCAAGGAAAACGAUGCAUGCCAAGUCACCAAGUGCUGUGGCUGA